AUUUUGAAAUACAAACGACGGAAGUUGGGGAGGGUCAAAAGUCUCUACUGCGCUUCCGCGUUGUCAGAAAUCCAAGAAGUCCACACCGACAGAGAGAGAGGAGUUACACACUUAAACACAACACUAAUCCACAGCACAGGAGGAGCAUCAUCCUCGCUGCAGCAGGCAGGAACACAAAGGUGGUGUAAUGUCAGCUGACCUAACCUGCUGCUGAGCUGCUGACUGUCACCUCCAUCACCUCCAUCACCUCCAUCAUCAUGUCUCUGGGAGACAACCCUCACCUGCUGCUGGGCAGGAUCCGCUUCCUGAACAGGUGCAUUGAGUGCUUCAAGAGGAGCGAGUCGGUGCCGGAGUGUCUGUGUUAUGUCCCCAAAGAAGUGUGCUACAAGAUCUGCAAGGACUCCUCCUCCUCCACCUCCUCUGCGUCCACCGGAGGAGCGUCUGCAGGAGGCUCCACCGUCGGGAAGACGCUCGUCUCCGUCUUCGAGAGUCCACACCAGACUCCACACGUUAAGAAGUUAUGCAAGUACAACAUAGAGCCAAAGAAAGGGACUUGUAUCCGGACUACAGGGGAGGAGUACUGCAACAGCCAGGGCCUCUGGGUCAAAAUCAAUAAGGAGCAGUUGGAGGAGCACCGUCUGGGCCAGGAGUUGGAGGAAGGCUGGAUCCUGGUGUGUAAACACACAGAGGGAGGCGACAGGCUGGUCCCGGUGGAGUCACCGGAGACAAUUAGCCGACAACAGCAGCUCUUCGGCUACGACCACAAGCCCUGCAACAGGUGGGAGCAGGUGGUGAGUGUGGAGAACGCGCUUUACAUCGGCUCUAAACCCAAAAUCGCUGAGUGUGAUGAUGCUGCCGUCCAGAAGCUAAGGUAUGUUCCUCCAACCUGGGGGUAUGAAUGUGAUGAGGACUUGGUGCACUACUUCUAUGACCACAUCGGGAAAGAGGAUGAGAACCUGGGGAGCGUGAAGCAGUGCGUGACCAGCAUCGAUGUUUCCUCGUGUUCGGAGGAUCCCAGCGGAGGGGCGAGCUGUCUGACAGACGGCGACACCGAAACGUACUGGGAGAGCGACGGCAUGCAGGGACAACACUGGAUACGCCUGCACAUGAAGAGAGGCACCGUGGUCAAUAAGCUGAUAUUGACGGUGGACUCUACAGACGACAACUACAUGCCCAAACGAGUCACGGUGUUUGGAGGAGAGGGAGACAACCUGAAGAAGCUGAGUGACGUCACCAUAGACGACAAUCUGAUUGGAGAAGUGUGUGUGCUGGAGGAUAUGACAUCUCACCUGCCUGUGAUUGAGGUUCGGAUUGAGGAGUGUAGAGGCUCUACAGAUGAGGGCAUAGACGUCCGGAUCCGAGGCUUGAAGAUCAAGUCGUCAUGUGAAAGAGACCUGGGUCUAAACGCUGAUGUUUUCCAGUCCUCUAACCUGGUGCGCUACCCCCGUCUGCAGGGCAACACGCCCGACGUCCUGUACCGCAGAGCGCUGGUCAUCCAGAGGUUCAUCUGUCUCCUGGACAGCGUGCUCCCACACUUGGUACCGGCCUGGGAUUACAGUCUGGGAACCUUCAACCAGAUCAAAAGCAUAAAGCAGUUCCUGCUGCUGUCCAAACGCCGCUCAGCCCUCAUCACGCAGUGCCUGAAGGACUCUGAGACCAGUAAGCCAAACUUCAUGCCGCGACUGUACAUCAACAGACGUCUGGCCAUGGAGCACAGAGACAACACCUCUCUGGACGCCAGCUGCAAGAACGCUGUGUUCAAUCAGGUGUAUGAAGGCCUCAAGCCGUCUGACAAAUUUGAGAAGACUUUGGAUUAUAGAUGGCCUGCUCGGUAUGACCAGUGGUGGGAAUGUAAGUUCAUUGCGGAGGGAAUCAUAGACCAGGGAGGUGGAUUUCGGGACAGCCUUGCUGACAUGUCUGAGGAGCUGUGCCCCAGCUCAGCGGAGUGUCCCAUGCCUCUGCCGUUCUUCAGCCGUACGUCCAACCAGGGCUCCUUAGAGGCCAGAGAUUACUACGUCCCCAACCCGUCCUGUAAAGAGUUCCACAAGUAUGAGUGGAUCGGUCAGCUCAUGGGAGCUGCUCUCAGAGGAAAAGACUUCUUGGUCUUGGCUCUGCCCGGGCUGGUGUGGAAGCAGCUGACUGGGGAGUCUGUCAGCUGGAGUAAAGAUUUCCCCGCUGUGGACUCUGUGCUGGUGAACCUGCUGGAGGCCAUGGACAACAUGGACCAGGAGACGUAUGAGUUCAGAUUUGGUGAGGAGCUGGUGUACACCACCCUGCUGAGCGACGGCCAGAUGGUGGAUCUUAUACCCGGCGGCAGUAACGUGGCCGUUCGUUACGAGGACCGCAGCGAGUUCGUCCGCCUGGUGCAGAAGGCUCGGCUCGAGGAGAGCAGGCAGCAGAUUGCAGCCAUGCAGGCGGGGCUGCUGAAGGUGGUUCCUCAGGCGGUGCUGGACCUGCUCACCUGGCAGGAGGUGGAGAAGAAAGUGUGUGGAGACCCUGAGAUCACUGUGGAGGCCCUGAAACGACUCACACGCUAUGAGGACCUGGAACAAAGUGACGUUAGAGUGCAAUACUUAUGGGAAGCACUGACGAGCUUCACCAAUGAGGAUCGCAGCAGGUUUCUGAGGUUUGUAACUGGUCGAAGUCGUCUUCCUGCGCCUAUCUACGUCUUUCCUGACAAACAAGGCUCUGAAACGACUGACGCACUUCCACAGUCCUCCACAUGUUCCAGCACUCUUUAUUUACCCAACUACCCAAGUGCAAAAGUAUGUGAGGAGAAGCUGCGUUACGCUGCUUACAACUGUGUGGCCAUCGACACCGACAUGAGCCCCUGGGAAGAGUGAUCUCUCUGCUGCUUCACCCAACAAACAUUUUACAAAUCACUGUUGAAUGGACAGAAAUCUGGCCACGUUUAUCACCAUAUCUACACAACUGCCAAGUAAUCCUAGCUGUAUAUAAUAAAGAAAUCUAUGGAAACAUGGAAA